AUGGCCGAGGAACAGAAGCCCGUUGUCGAGCUCCCCAAGGAGGAGACCGCUCCCGCCACUGCUACUGAAGCCUCCGAGGCUGCUCCCGCUGCUGCUGUCGAGGAUAAGCCCGCCGAAGAAGCUAAGCCUGCGGAAGAGACGGCGGUCAAGACAGAAGACAAGCCCGCUGAGGAGGUUAAGCCUGUUGAGGAAGGAUACCUGGGACACAAGGCCCAGGGUGCUAGCUUCCCGAAAAACCUCAUUCCAAGCAAGGAGUUUUUCUUCUUUGGUUCUGACUCUUUCGAGCCCAAGGCCCUUUCUUCCUAUUUGAAGGGUGAGAAGAACAUCGAGCACGCCCGCCACAACAUUUCAUGGGCUUCCCACACCGGUAAAGGUCUCUUGUUCAUUGGUGAUAAGAAGGCUCCAACCAACGUCAUCAACUUGGCCGACACCACUGAACCUGAAACUGAUGGCUCCAACAAAUUCCACCUCACUCACAAGGGUAAUAAGCACAGCUUCAAAGCUGUCACUACGGCCGAGCGUGACAAUUGGGUUGCUCAACUCAAAGCCAAGAUCGCCGAGGCUAAGGAGCUAGCUGCUUCUGUCACCGCAUCCGAGGCUUACAAGAACUCGCUUGAGAGCUUUCAGCUCAAGGCCGCUGCUCCCAAGGAGGAAAAGCCUGAAGAAGGAGCCAAGACAGAGGAAGCUGCCAAGCCCGAAGAAGCUUCCCCCGCUGAGGGCGAGGCUGCUGCCGCCACCGAGGCUAAGCCUGCGGAGGAGCCCAAGCGUCGCUCUGCAAGCCGCAAGCGCGCUUCCAUCUUUGGAUUUGGGAAGAAGGAAUUGACAAAGGAGAAGAAGGAGGAGUCUAAGGCUGAGGAGGCUGUUGCCCCUGAGGCUGCUGAGACCGCCGCUGAGGCCGAUGCUCCUAAGACGGAGGAACCGCCAGUUGAGGGCGAGGCCGCUGCUGCUGUCGAGGAGAAGCCAACUAUUUCCAAACGCAACAGCAUCUUUGGCAACGUAUUCGGCAAGAAAGAGAAGAAGACCGCCGACAAGCCCGCCGAGGGUGCUGCUCAUGAGGACGGCGAGGCCACCGCUGAUACCGCCGCUCCAGUGAUUCCUCCUGUGGCAUCUAACGCUCCUCUUUUCCAAGAGUCUAACGCUGCUGUUGAAAGCACAGAGGCUGCCGCUACCAACGGUGCCGAGACUGCCAAGAAGGAUAUCAAGGAGAAGCGCAAGUCUUCUCUUCCUUUCAAUUUUGGCAAGCGUGAGAAGUCUCCUUCGCCUGUCGAGGGUGAGGAGAAGGCUGAGAAGAGCGGCAUGAGUGCUUUCUCCAAGCUCCGCGCCACUAUCAAGGGCAAGUCCGGUGCUAAGACUGAGGAGAAGCCUGCCGAGGAGGCGGUCAAGGAGGAGGUCGCUACUGCUGAGGCUGCGGCUACGACUGAAGAGCCCGCCGCCGCUGCCGCUGCUGAGCCCGCCAAGGCUGCUGAGACCGAAGCGGAGAGUAAACCUGAGAAUGUCGCUACUGCCACCCCCGCUGUCACUGCUGCCGCCUAG